GCUCUAUCUGGUCAAGCAUUUCGCAACACGGUGCGUUUACAUUGCCGGACGUAUGUGCACGCAAAACGGAGCACUGGGGGAGCGAGGGGUUGUGUGUCGGGAGUGGACAGACGGCCUCUUUGAGCUUUAAUCUGAAUCAGUCAGAAAGAAAAGGCAACGAGUCAAUAAACAGUUUGUGUGCGGUGUGUGUGAGCAAUGCUGCACUGUCGGGUGCAUAACUGUGGAAACUGACACACCCCUGAAUGAUCGGUGCCGAGGGGGGAAAACCGCCCGGGCUACUUGUCAAGUGGACAAAGUCUGCGUGGGUCGGGAUGUGCUGUUCGCGGACCGGACUUCUGUCACAAGGCGGCGCUCCAGAUCUACAAGAGGAGUCCAGGCGGUCUGAGCCCCUUCAAUGGAUCUAGCCGGAGACGCAGCCGCUGCUUUUUCACCUUCCCCUCCCGGCGCCGCUGUUCCGCUGCAGGACCCCUCUCUCUGAAACAUGGAUUCCCGUGAGCAUCUCCCACCCAACUCCCUACAACAUUAUGGUAAAAGUGCACACCGAGAGUCCUCUCAGUAACGGUAUCCGCCCAUCCGUUCCCGUGGAAACCAGCCGUCCCGAGCAACAAACCUCUUUACCUCUGUCUCUCUCUCUCGUCUCUCCCCCGGGGGACGUCAGUGCACUCAGUGUCAGGCGACGCUGAGUGAAAGUUGCGUAUCUACCUGUCUCCUUUCACCUGAGGGAUUCCAAUCCAACGCUGAGAGGCGAGUCCUUUUAAAAGUCGCGCGGUGGUCAGGAUGCUCACGUUCUCCCUGUGAUCACCCCUCCAUGCGCUUUACCUCUCCUCUGAGCCGUGUGGCCCCCUCACCCUGUGCCGGACCCUGCUCCAUACGCCACUCCCCAGGCCUGCCAUGCUCCUCCGGGCCGCGUUGUUGCUGCUGCUGCACUGUUUGGCCUCCGCCCUCGGCCAGUAUAACAUGUGCAAGUCACUGGUGAGCACGGACGAGGGCUCGGUGUGGGAACAUUACGCAUGCCAGCCCAGUCCCGCGUCCAUGAAGGACUACAUGCGGAUCAAGGUGGAUCCUCCCGGAAUCACGUGUGGAAACCCACCCGAGAGGUUCUGCACUCUGGAGAACCCAUAUUUGUGCAGUGACGAGUGUGAUGCCUCCAACCCAGACUUGGCUCACCCUCCUCAGCUGAUGCAGGACCGUGAACGCACCGGCCUAAUCACCUACUGGCAGACGGUGACCUGGGGUCGACAUCCAGAGCCCCUACUCGCCAACAUCACCAUGUCUUGGAACAAGAGUCUGGAGCUCACAGACGACAUCCAGAUCACGUUUGAAUAUGGCCGUCCCACAAUCAUGGUGCUGGAUAAGUCCAUGGACCACGGGCGCUCCUGGCAACCCUACCAAUUCUACGCCGACGACUGCCAAGACGCCUUCAACAUGCAGCCCAGACGAGUGCGCGACCUCUCACCCACAAACCUGACACGGGUCAUUUGCACUGAGCAGUACUCGCGCUGGGUCGGCUCCAAAAACGAUAAGAACGUGAAGUUCGAGGUGAGGGAGCGCUUUGCUCUGUUUGCAGGCCCCCGGCUGCAGAACAUGGACAACCUGUACACCCGCAUGGAAAGUAUGAAGGGACUGAGGGACUUCUUUACCUUCACCAACCUGAGGAUGAGGCUGCUACGGCCUGCGCUCGGAGGCACCUAUGUCCAGAGAGACAACCUGCUAAAGUACUUCUACGCAAUCUCCAACAUUGAGGUUCCUGCCAGGUGUAAGUGUAACCUCCAUGCCUCCCAGUGCCUGCUGACUGAGGGGAACCUCCAGUGCCAGUGUGAACACAAUACCACCGGGCAGGACUGCCAGCGAUGCAAGAAGGGCUUCAAAGCCAAGUCCUGGAAAGCAGGUUCCUACCUGCCUGCACCAACUGGAACCCCCAACACCUGUACAAUUGCUGGUUCCCCCUCCGGUUCCAAUAGGAAACAGGGCGAGGAUGACGUUGAGGCUCAAACUGAAGCAGCAGUCAUCUCUGAAACUGAACGGUCGCCGGCCGUUACACACGAGCCUUUAAGUUCUCCUUUGGAAGAGGAUUCGGACCUCAAAGGCCCCUAUGCUGAGGUUGGAAACUCACUUUUGAGUUCUCUAAACCCUCAUCAUCUUGAUAAAAGUGAAGACAGCAGAGCUCCGGCGCCAGAAAGCAGAUUUACAGAGGGCUCAGUCCCUCAAACGCACCACGCGUUAUCCACCCUCACUUCAUCGGAGCCUCCGCUGGUACCGAUGGGACAAUCUGACACGCUUCCUGUCAGAACAGAGCUCCAUCCUCCUUCGUUGUCGUCUCCGCAGGGGGAGAAGGGAGUUUCCCCGCCGAGGGAGUUCACUCGUUCAGAAACAGUCCCCGAGCUUUCACAUCUGUCCCACCCUGUUCCAGAAGGUUCCUCUCAUCACUCUGUCCCUAAUCAUCAUCAUCAGCAUCAUUACAUAGAAGAGCCUACCGUAAAAGUUCAGCAUCAUUCAAGCCUAACUGAUGGAGUUUCCCACAAGUCUGUGCAUGAGAGUCAUGGACACAAGGCAACAAGCUCCACUGAGCAUGAGCAAGACAUGGAGGAAGAGGAGGACGAAGAGGAAACAUCUAAAACGACAGGUGCCCACAGUCCACAGCCCCGACACGAGACUCACGGCCACAAACCGACAACUUUAUCUGAACACGAAGGGCAGCGGAGAGAGGCGGAGGGACAUGCAGAGGCUGAAGACCUCCACAAGUCUGAAGAGUAUACACAUGAAACUCAAAGCCACAAAAUACCCUCACCUGCACAUGGAGAGAAAGGGAAGCAAACAGAAAAUCAUGUUGAAAUUAAAGACCCUCAUGCAUCUAUGGGACACAAACAUGAAACUCAUGGACACUCGACAAAAACCUCCUCUGGGCACGUAAAAGACAGCAUUGAUACUGAGAAGACAGUUUCCCAUAUGACGGAGGGACAUGUACAUGAGGCUCAUGCAUCAGCCGGCCUGUCUGAACACGGUGAAGAGCAGCACACAAAGGCAAAUCCUCACAAGACAGAGGGACAUGGACAUGAGGUGCAUGGCCACAGAGCAACUUUACCUGAACAUGAAGAGGGAAAAAACACAAAGUCUCAAACAGUUUCCCACAUGUUUGAGGGACACUCACAUCAACCCCAUGGCCACAAAACACCCACUUCAUCCCAGUCACAUGGAGAGAAAGGCCAUGAGCACGGGCAUGAAGACAUUAAAGCUCACAGCAGUCAUGGAGAAAACAUACAUCAGGCUCAUGGUCAUGAAGCAGCAUCUGAACACAGAGCAGAGGGUGAAAAAUCCCCAGAAAGACAAGUCCUCCACAACCAUGAGAACCACGGACACAAAACAAGCUCAGAGGAAAAUAGGCAAGAGGAGACUAACAGCAUAGACACACAUGGGCACAACACCCAGGAACACAUUAAACCAGCCGGUCACGGGCAUGAGGAGCAUCCACACAGAACAGCUGAAACCACAGUCUCCCAUACAUCUGAGCGACAGUUUCACGGAACGAAAGGCCAUCACGCAUCUGAGGAACAAUCGCAUGGGACUCUGAAGCAUCAAACAUCAUCUCAUCAUGGAGAGGGCCACAUAGAAACACAAGCUGGAAGGAAAGACCAGCACACAUCUGAGGAACAUGGACAUGUAAUUCAGAGCCAGACAUUAUCUCAUCAUGGAGAGGAGAGAAAAGCUUUGUCGGCCCCCCACAAAUCCGAUGGACAUGUUCAUGAGACUCAUGGCCAUAAAACAGCAACAGAUGAGCGAGGGCACAGUAAUACACAAAAAGCAGUCUCCCAGAUGCAUGAGACGCUCGCACAAGGCCACAAAACAACAUCCUCACCUGGACAUGGAGAGGAGGGGCACGGACACAAUAUAAUAGAAAGGACAGAUCCCCUCAAGCCUAGUGGACACGUACAUGAUGCUCAUGGUCACAUACCAGCAACCCCACAUGGGCAUGGAGAAGAGGGGCAUACACACACACACACUGAAAGGACAGAUCCUCAUGAGUCUCAGACUCACCAUGGCCACAAAUCCGCUACUUCACACGGAGCGACGGAGCACACACACACAAAAGUGGAAAGUACAGAUGCUCAUGUGUCUCACGCCCAUGUACAUCACAGUCAGAACCCGCCAGCCUCACAAGGACACGGAAAGACAGAGCACUCCCAUAGACAAGUUGAAGUGAUUCAAACUGCAGAUCCUUCGGCGUCUCAUGGACACGGACAUGAGUCGGACACACACAGAAAAGCUCAAGUGACAGGCCAUGGCAAGUCCCACGGACAUGAGACUCAUGGUCACAGUUCAACAGCCUCGCAUGGACACAGAGAGGAGGAGCACGCGCCCAGAAAUGUUGAAAUGACAGAUGCUUCCAAGUCCCAUGGACAUGGACAUGAUACUCAAGGCCACAAAUCAGAGCAUGGAGAGAGACGGCAUAGCCCAGACCCUCAUAAGUCUGAAGGACAUGCCCACAAAUCCACAUCAUUUGUACAUCAGAUGGAAAGUGGAGGGCACAGGGAAACAGUCGCACAUGGUUCUGAGGAGCACGCACACAGCACUCACGGCCACAAAGCACCAAUCCCAUCACGGCAUGGGGAGGACAGGGAGGACGCUCACAACCACAGGAGGGCUGAAAAUGAAGAGCACAGUAUCAUUGCAAACCACGGGAGAGGAGGAGGUGGUCACGGGACCAUAAGACAUGGUGUUCGGAAAGAAGACGACGAGGACAAAGAAAGAGGGAAAAAGAAAGGGCUUCUGAAACUCUUGAUCUCAGGAGAGCCUCAGGUCAAACAGUUACUCGGGAUCGUAUAUGACAAUUUUAAAGACUGUGAGUGCUACGGCCACUCCAACCGCUGCAGCUACAUCGACUACCUGAACAUCGUCACUUGUGUCAGCUGCAAGCACAACACCAGAGGCCAGAACUGCCAACACUGCAGACUGGGCUACUUCCGCAACGCCUCUGCCGAACUGGAUGAUGAGAACGUCUGCAUCGAGUGUAACUGCAACCAGCUGGGCUCCAUCCACGACCGGUGUAACGGCACGGGCUUCUGUCAGUGUAAAGACGGCGCGGCGGGGCCCAAGUGUGACGACUGCCUGCCGGGAUACUACUGGAAACAAGGAUGUUACCCUAACGUUUGCGACGAGGAGAUGCUGCUGUGCCAGAACGGAGGAACGUGCUACAUGAACCAGAAGUGCGUCUGUCCUCCAGAGUUCAAAGGGGUCUUGUGCCAACAGUCCCGCUGCGAAGCGGGCAAGGACUGCAACGGCACCUCUUCGCCGCGCCUCUCCGCGGCCGCCCUGCUGCUCUGCACUCUAAGCUACCUGCUGGCCACGUUAUCACACCACUGAGCCACGAAAAGACGCACCCACCUCCCCGCCUCCUCCUACCUGCCCACCCUUCAGACACUUGGAGUGUGUGCACAUGGAAGGGGAACCGGAACAUGAGGUGGAGGAGGGCAUGUCUGGUCAGGGGCCCCCCCACGCCCAAGCCCUCCUGUAACAGCACUCAAACAUGCACACACUCUCACCAAAAACACUACCUAAGCCCUCGCAAAGCACACGUAUAUACACACACCUCACAGGACUGUUACGACACCGAGUGUGUGUGCUCAGGUGUGGGGAAUGGACGAGCAGAGAAACAAACGCCUCAGAAAAGCGAUGCAGUCAAAGGGGAAGAAAAUGAUACCAACCACUGUUCCCUUUAUUCCUCAGCUGGAGCAAUGUGCAUCAAACCAAAAAGCAUAAAAAAGUAACACUUAAAUCACCACUGUUUCACUUCAAAGGGAAUGGCUGUUGUAACCACCGAGGUCUAUUUUUUAUUUUUUUUUAUUCAUUUCUUUUUUCCGUUUCCUUCUUCUUGGUUGAGCAAAAGAUCUCUCAUCUGUUAGACUGACUGACAGAAAAUGCGUGCGCGCGUGCACGCGUGUGUGUGCGUGUUUCGUGUGUGUUUUGUGUUUUGUGAAGAGCAGAGUAAAUGUGAGCACGUGAAGGGGUGUGUGGGUGUGUGUGUGUGUGUGGUCAGACUCGUCGACUUGACAGACGGGUCAGAAUGAGCUUGAUUAAUUCUGCUGCUGCGGCCUGCAUAGUAUAUUAACCAAGUUUCAUUUCUCCUCAGACGAUGAGACUUGAUUUUACAUUUAUUCUAUUUCUGCUUCAUUUUUACUUUGAAUUGUACCGUCAGUCAUUUUAUCUAAACGCGCCCACUAGAAGUCGCUGAUAUUAUACAUAUUAUAUGAUAUCCAGGGAUGAGGGGUUAUGAGUAAAAUACAAAAAAAGAAGAAGAAAGAGAAAUUAGUCACUAUUAUGGUUGUUGUAGGAAUGAGUGAUUGUUGCCACGCUUAACGAGAUUUAAUCUUCACACAGUAUUCAGGAAGCAGAGUUUACCAACUUUCAACUAAUCAGAGGUCUAAAGAAAAGAGGGAAAAUGUAAAACCACGUAUCAAUUAUAUGACAUUAUUUGAAUAUUUUUUGUAGAAAUUAUUUUUGUUUGAAGUUACAAUAAAUUAUAAAAAAAAAUACAUUCAAAACUAUUCCUAAUGUGCAUUUUAUUACACUGAUUGUAAAGCUUACAGUAAAUAUGACUGUUAUUUGCCUUCUUGGUUGUAUUUUAUUUCUUGGUUGUAUUUUAUUUUAUUUCGUUCACGCCAGAGUUUGUGUUAACAACAUGUCUAUCCUGUUCUUCAGCCGGAUAUUUACAGGAUCCACACAUGAAGUUUAUAUUUAAAAAAAAAAAAAAUCAA